AGAAAGAGAGACAAGUGUGUGCCUCUGCUGCCUUCGCGCCUGUGCGCAGUGCUCCGGCUGGGCCGCUCCUUCCUUCCUCCCUCCUCUCCCUCACUUCCUCCUCACAGCUGGCUCGCUCCUUUUCGGAUGCUGGGAGCCUUCAUCUUUCACACUCCGCACUGGAUUCCAAAAAUUCUGAGGCUGGAACCACCAACAGCCCGUUUUGCAUGGUUUUGAAUUUUGGAUUCCCACCCACCGCGAGGAGGAAAGUCGAGAGGCGAAAAAGAGGCUCUCCAUCCCCCGAGGGAAUUUAUUUUACAGAGUGAUGCCAGUGCCUGAAGUGUUUUCUGACACUGCCAGUGCUGCCACCAUGUUGAGCCCUGUCCUCAAUGCCUCCAACGGGGAUGGAUCCGAGUCGGAAACCACCUCUGCCAUCCUGGCCUCUGUCAAGGAGCAGGAGUUGCAGUUUGAACGUCUCACCAGGGAACUCGAAGCCGAACGACAGAUUGUUGCCAGUCAGCUGGAGAGAUGCAAGCUUGGCUCUGAGGCUGGAAGCAUGACGAGCAUCAGUUCAGCAGAGGAGAAAUUUCGUUGGAACAACCAAGAUGGACAGAAAGACAUAGAGGAGGAGUUGACAACAGGCCUGGAGUUGGUGGACUCCUGUAUCAGAUCGCUCCAGGAAUCCGGCAUCUUGGACUCGCAGGACACCUCUACGGGAGAUCGACAAGGACUUCUCUCUCAUAGCGCUCUGCAGCUCAACAACCAGGAUGCUUAUGCAGCUGCAGGUUACCAUAGUAACCAAGCAAUGGCUCUCGGUGAAGUGGUCACGAGUCGCACUGGACAUGUUGGCGGGGCUGUUUUAAGCUACAAUCAGGUGACAUCCAGCCGUGCGGCUGCCCAAUUGAUGGGGACGGACUCCGCCUCCCAGGCCCACAGAGAUUCAUUUGCCCAACAGGCUAUUGGAAGCGCCUUCCACAUGCCCACUGAUGGUGGACCUGCACCUACUGGACCACCCAUGUAUUACUCCUGUGCCACCUUGCCUGCACAGCGUGUGAGCUCCCCUCUGCAGAUGAUGGGAUCUCCUACCAAGCUGCAGCGCCUAGGUACCGCGUCCUCCGACAUGCCCAGCUAUGCCACCCUACAUCGGGUGUCAUCCCCCAAACAGUCCCCAAGUCGUCUUGCCAAGUCCUACAGCACCUCAUCACCGAUCAACAUGGUGCCACCGGGUGGCGGUGGCCCCUCCUCCCCGCUUUCCAUGGCAGCCCCAUCAGGAGGAAACCACACGUUAUCGCCUAUCCACCAGCUGAGCUCAGUAGUGGGAAGCUACGCCACUUUGUCGCCAACGAAGCGCAUGCUGCAUCACAUCGGAGGAGAAACCUACAAAAUUUCCCACGAGUUGUACGCCAAUGCAACCCUGAAAAGGCCUGGAAGCCUGGCAGGUUCCAGAGGUUCUUACAGCAGCCAGCACAGUCACCUCGGCUCUGAGUUGCGACCACUGCAGUCUCCGGAGCAUCACAUCGACCCCAUAUACGAAGACAGAGUCUACACCAAACCCAACCUAAGAGGACAAGUGGUGAACCAACUGUACCAAGAAGUCCUCAACUAUCUGCUCUGUCCCUACACUUUAGCCCCACCUUCCCCCGGUGUCGACCCAAUCCCCUUGCAGCGAACGGGAAGCCAGAGCGCCGCCUCCACCUUCCAAAGAGGCAGCUUCGCGACAGGAGGCGGUCCUGACUUCAACCCGUAUCGCACGUUGCAGUUCUGCCCGUCCACCGAGUCGCCUUACAGCAAGUCGGGACCGGCUCUCCCUCCCGAAGCAGCCUUGGGCCGAUCUCCAUCUGUGGACAGCAUCCAGAAGGACCCAAGGUACGACCCUGAAUUCCUUGUGUGGAAUCAAAAUCAAGCCGAGCAAAGAAUGACAAAGGAGUUUGGUUGGAGGGAUCCAGAGCUGCCGGAGGUGAUCCAAAUGUUACAACAUCAGUUCCCAUCGGUCCAGUCCAACGCCGCUGCCUACCUCCAACACCUUUGCUUUGGAGACAACAAGACCAAGUGUGAGAUUCGACGACAAGGUGGCAUCCAGCUUCUCGUAGACUUGCUGGACCACCGUAUGACCGACGUGCACCGCAGCGCCUGCGGAGCUCUUCGCAACUUGGUCUAUGGGAAGGCCAAUGACGACAACAAGAUUGCACUAAAAAACUGCGGAGGAAUACCGGCUCUGGUCCGACUUCUCCGGAAAACCACCGACGUAGAGAUCCGAGAGCUCCUUACAGGUGUCUUGUGGAACCUCUCGUCAUGUGACGCCCUGAAGAUGCCAAUUAUCCAGGAUGCCCUGGCUGUUCUGACCAAUGCUGUGAUCAUCCCCCACUCGGGCUGGGACACCUCCCCUCAUACGCAAGAAGACCGCAAAUUACAUCUCCACUCCUCCCAGGUCCUUCGCAAUGCCACCGGAUGCCUCCGCAAUGUGAGUUCUGCAGGCGAGGAGGCCCGCAGGAGGAUGAGGGAGUGCGAGGGUCUGACAGACGCUUUACUCUACGUCAUCCAGACUGCACUGGGGAGUAGUGAGAUUGACAGCAAGACCGUUGAGAACGGUGUGUGCAUCCUGAGGAACUUGUCAUACCGUCUGGCAGCAGAGACAUCUCAUAACCAACAAGGGGGGUCUGAGGAGCUUGAUGGUCUCUUAUGUGACACCGGGGGGAAGGAUGCAGAGAGUUCCGGAUGCUGGGGCAAGAAGAAGAAGAAAAAGAAGGGACAUGACCAGUGGGACGGUGUAGGUCCAUUUCCAGACUUGGCGGAGCCCCCAAAAGGCAUUCAGAUGUUAUGGCAUCCCAGUAUUGUCAAGCCCUACCUUACCCUGCUGUCUGAAUGCUCCAACCCCGACACCCUGGAGGGAGCAGCUGGUGCUCUGCAAAACCUUGCUGCUGGGAGCUGGAAGUGGUCAGUUUAUAUCCGGGCUGCAGUGCGUAAAGAGAAGGGCCUUCCUAUCCUUGUGGAGUUACUGAGGAUAGACAAUGACCGAGUUGUCUGUGCCAUCGCCACUGCCUUGAGGAACAUGGCUCUCGACAUCAGAAACAAGGAGCUUAUUGGUAAAUAUGCCAUGAGGGACUUGGUGCACCGAUUACCUGGUGGCAGUACCACCAACAACAACACUAGUAGUAGUGGUGGAGGAAGUGGCAGCGGUGGUGCCAACAGUUGCGCUCUGGUGGGAAAGACCAUGUCGGACGACACCGUCACCGCUAUCUGCUGCGCUCUGCAUGAGGUUAUCACCAAAAAUAUGGAGAACACCAAGGCCCUGAGGGAUGCCGGGGGCAUAGAGAAGCUCAUUGGUGUCGCCCGAAGCAAAGGAGACAAAAUUCCCAGACAUAGUCCCAAAGUUGUGAAAGCAGCAUCUCAAGUGCUAAACAGCAUGUGGCAAUACCGAGACCUGCGCAGCCUUUACAAAAAGGAUGGCUAUUCCCAAUAUCACUUUAUCGGCUCAUCGUCCACAAUAGAAAGGGAUAGGCAGCGGCCUUAUUCUUCUUCUCGUACGCCAUCCAUCUCUCCUGUACGGACCUCACCAAACAAUCGAUCGGCAAGUGCGCCAGCGUCUCCGAGGGAUAUGAUGGCGUUGAAGGAGAGGAAGAACGACUAUGAGCUGAGUGGCAACGCGACCUACCGCGGGAACAAGGGUGAACACAUGUCCCGAAAGGAUGCUACUAUGGGUCCACUCUCCACUGGUUCUUCAACUCUUCACAGAGGAGCAUAUGUGUCUCCGACUGAUGACCUGAAGUAUAAUCAGGUCUCAUCUCAAGGAUUGCCUUCAGAGCCCUACCCGCCUUUCCAAAAUCCUCCCCCAAAUGACAGCAGCAAUUAUGAGGACCAGGCCUUCUAUGAGAACCAGGUUCAUGCAGGGGGGCGCCCCCCUCAAGGCGAGCUCAACAUGCAGUUGCAGGGCCUGAAGUCCACCGGAAACUAUGUCGAUUUCUACUCAGCCUCUCGGCCCUACAGCGAGCUCAACUAUGAGACGAGCCACUAUCCGGCCUCUCCAGACUCCUGGGUCUGAGGCCGAGGGCGGUGAGGGAGGAGCACAUGAGCAGGACCAAUAGUCUAUAAUAUAAAGUAGGAAAGACACCCACCUCUCUGUUCUUUAGUAGCAUCAUCAGUAGCAGGACAUCUAAGUGCAAGAUGGGGACCAAGAUAGGAUGCAAACUGAACGGACACUGAACUCCUUCUAGUGACUUUAAGAGGAGGAGGAUCGAGAGGAGGCAAAGAAGGACCGGAGGGUGGCGGAAGAGGCCUUGCAUGUGCAUGCACACCACCACCAAAACUGACAGACAUUUUCUUUCUGUGUUUAGUUUGUGACCAAACUGUUAGAAAGCCCGGCAGAUGGAAAGAUAAUGACGUGCUGCGCUUGGAGGCCGCUUGGUAAAGAACGUAAGACUUGAAUAUUGAGUCACGAGUAAGAUAAGUGACCAAAAAAAAAAAAUAUUAAGGCAAAGAGGAAAAAUGGAAAUGAAGGAAAGAUUUCUGAAAGCGCGUGAAAGUUGUCACGAGUAGCUGAGAGAAACGUUUGUAUAUAUGUGACAUAGUAACUUGGCUUUUAGUAAUGCGAAGCACAAGAAGCAGAGCUGUAGAACAAGUAGAACAUCUGGUACACAAACUUUGUUUCUCUCUGUGGCUUCAGCGUGAUGUAUCCUCCUCCAGGCAAAGAUUGCUUUUGGACGUUGUCAUUUGUAACAGUAUGUUUUUUUUUUUAAAUUUUGUUUGUGAUUCUACUUUAUAAAUUCUUGGUUGUAUAAUAUUUGAUGUACACUGUACAUUUACUGGCGAUGCAUUGUGUAUUUGUACAUUGCAGUAUUACCUGUGUCAGGGCUGCACCCAGCUCAUUUCUUCACUAUCCUGUCACUAGACCCUUUACACACACACACACACACACGCACACACACACACACACUAUAUGUACUACAACACACAGUAAAAAUGCCUGUUAAAGCAGAAAUAAGAAUGGGUCACAGCACUCCAUUGACUGCCUUAUAUAUACAGUAUAGUAGGAUCUAUUCUACGUGAAUAAAUUCAUACUAUGGUUUGUUCUUUAGGUAACAUAUAGUUAACCCUUCCAUGAAAGCCCGGCCAGAUUCGGAGUUCAAAUAAAAAAAACUCCAAGAUGUUAGUUAAGCGAUAUUGGUUUGUACGAUUGUUCCAUUUCUCUUGAGAUAAGAGGAUUAUUUGUAACAGUGAAAAAGAUUAUUCAGGGUUUUAUUUUUUAUUUUUCAUAGUUACUCAAUUUUGUCAAUUUUUGUGUCAUUUUGUGAGCAAAUUCAACAUGCACGCAGUCUA